GCAGUUAUGGGUCAGAGAUUCUCGUCAGUCGGCGAGGAUGGCGAGAAUCCCUUUAAAUCUUUUGCUCUGCCACCUGGGUUUGUUUUGCUUUGUUUUUGCCGCCACCGAUCAGAAUGGAAUGUCUGUUUCAAGAGUCGAGUAUCAGGCAUGCGAACAACGUGCCCUGCCCGCUGGAGCUGGGAUCGCCUGACCUCCUCAGUCCUGAACUUAGUCUAAGAGCUAAGCAACAUGUCAUUAAAAUUAAUCAGACUCUACAUGUGACAUGCAGGGGAUCAUCACCAAUAUCAUGGUCCUGGCCAGACCAUGUAAUUAAUGCAACUGAAAGAAUAAGUAUAAUUAACUUUAAUAGUGGGGACCACAAGAGACCGUAUUGUAGUAACCUGACUUUGAGCAAAGUUCAGACUAAAGACACAGGCUACUUCUAUUGCAAUACCUCUUCUUCAAAUGCUCAACAAAGAAAGACUGCUGUCUAUAUAUUUGUUAAGGACAAACGUAGUCCAUUUGUCGAGCAAUACACAGACGUUCCCAAAGUUGUGUACAUGACUGAAGGACAAAGACUACUUAUUCCAUGUAGGAUCACAGCCCCAGACUUCACUGUCACUUUGAAAAUGAAUUCUUUUUCCUUUACCAUUGAUGGAAAGGAAGUCAUGUGGGACAGUAAACUAGGCUUUGUUAUUCCCAAACCCACUUACAAAUUUAUUGGCCUGCUAUCAUGUGAAACCACUGUGAAUGGAAAGACAUUUUCUUCACACUACUUAACACAUAGGAGAGUCAGCAGCAUCAAGAGUGUACAGCUGAAUGUGACCAGUCCAGUCAAGAUGCUGAGUGGAAGAUCGCUUGCUAUAAAGUGCACAGUGACCACAGAACUGAAUUCAAGAGUUGAGAUUUUCUGGGAUUUCCCUGGCAAAGGAAACAGAAGCAAUUCUAUAACAAAAAGAAUUGACCAGACAGAUCGUAUGAUAAAUACAUUCUACAGCAUCCUUGUUAUAGACAAAGUGCUCACAUCAGACAAAGGAAACUACAUAUGUCAAGUAAGAAGUGGAGAAACCAUGAAAAAAAGGAAAGUGACCGUCAAUGUUUAUGAAAAACCAUUUAUCAAUGCCAGAUGCCGGAAAUCAUGUGUUGCUGAAGUGCUUGCCGGUCAGGAGAUCUACCGUUUCCCACUAAAGGUCAAAGCAUUUCCACCUCCGAACGUUUUAUGGGUAAAGAACGGGCAGCCUAUUACUGAAAGGUCAAUUCGAUAUAACAUCACUGGUUAUGAACUGACUAUAAGAGAUGUUUCAGAAGAGGAUGUUGGUAGUUAUAGUAUUAUACUGGAACAUAAACAAUGGAGGCUUUUGAAAAACAUCACAUUCUUUCUCAAUGUAAAUGUAAAACCACAUAUAUGUGAAAAGGCACUGCCCACUCAGAACCUUGAUCUCUACCCACUGGGCAGCAAACAGACUCUGUCAUGCACUGCCUAUGGAAUCCCCAUUCCUAGAAUUCUGUGGGUAUGGCAACCUUGUGCCCAAAAUAGUUCAAAAGCACAAUGUGAAGCUUACGCAGAGACCAAAAGCAGCAUUGUUUCUCUGGAUAGACUUGGCAGCAGCAUCAACAUUAUUGGAAAUAAGAUUCAUGGCAUUAAUGAAAGAGUAGAGUUACUGCAAGGGAAAAAUAAGACUGUCAGUGUUCUGGUAGUAGCAGAAUCUAAUAUUUCUGGAACUUAUCAUUGUUUGGCUUCAAACAAAGUUGGAAAAGAUGUAAAAAGUAUUAAUUUUUAUAUUUCAGAUGUACGCAAUCAAUUUGGAUUUGAGAUUGGCAUACGACAUAAUGUGUCACCGACCGAAGGUGAUGACCUGACAUUUUACUGCCGAGCCAAUAAAUUUCUCUACUCAAACAUUGCUUGCCGUCUUCUGAGUAAGGACAAUCACACCUCAUAUAAUCUCAGCAGUCUAAGUGAAAUGACCACCAAAGAAUAUUCGAUUGCUCUGAACUUUACCAUCAAAAAUGUGUCUCAGGAUCAGUCUGGAACUUAUGAAUGUGCAGCCAGAAACAUUAUCACUCAGGAGGAGGCAGUUCAGAAGCAGGAGAUUUAUAUUAGGGCUCAGGAAGCUCCAUACUUGCUUCAAAACUUAAGUAACCAGGAUGUGAACAUCAGUAGUUCAAUUACGCUGGAAUGUCAGGCAGAAGGAAGGCCGAUGCCACAUAUCACAUGGUACAAAAACAAUCAGAGGUUACACAUGGAAUCAGGUAUUACUCUGGGACCAGGAAGCAGAAUGUUAAUUAUUGAAAGAGUCAAAGAAGAGGAUGAAGGCUUAUAUCAGUGCCAAGCGACAAACAGGAAAGGCUUUGUAGAGACUUCUGCUUACAUCACUGUUCGAGGGUCAACGGAGAAUUCAAAUAUGGAGCUGAUAACCUUGACAUGUACCUGUGUAGCUGCUGCACUUUUCUGGCUCCUCCUGACUCUCUUCAUUCGUAAACUCAAAAAGCCUAGAUCUGCAGAAAUAAAAACUGACUACCUGUCAAUCAUAAUGGAUCCAGAUGAAGUGCCACUCGAUGAGCAAUGUCUCCCUUAUGAUGACAAUAAAUGGGAAUUUCCUCGAGACAGACUGAAGCUAGGUAAAGCUCUUGGCCGUGGGGCUUUUGGGAAGGUGGUGGAAGCUUCUGCUUUUGGCAUCAAUAAAUCAGCCACGUGUAAAACUGUUGCCAUUAAAAUGCUGAAAGAGGGCGCCACAGCCAGUGAACAUAAAGCUUUAAUGUCAGAGCUAAAGAUCUUGAUUCAUAUUGGAAACCACCUAAAUGUGGUGAAUUUAUUGGGAGCAUGCACCAGACAUGGAGGUCCUUUGAUGGUGAUCGUUGAAUACUAAUAUGGAAACCUCUCCAACUAUCUUUCAGACCAAGAGGAUGCUCAUGCUCCCACCCAGUCUCCAAGCUUAAAAAUGAUGCAGAUCAAAUGCAAGGAAAAGAUCCCCAUGGAGGGGAAAAAGAGAAGGCUGGCAAGUGUUGCAAGCUCUGAGAGCUCCACCAGCUCUGGAUUUGAUGAAGAUAAAACUCUAAGUGAGGUUGAAGAGAGAGGAGGGGAUGCUGUUGACUUGUACAAACAACCAAUUACCAUGGAGGAUCUGAUCAGUUACAGUUUUCAGGUGGCCCGAGGCAUGGAAUUCUUAGCAUCAAGAAAGUGCAUCCAUCGAGAUCUGGCAGCAAGAAACAUCCUUUUAUCUGAGAACAAUGUAGUAAAGAUCUGUGACUUUGGACUUGCACGAGAUAUUUAUAAAGAUCCUGAUUAUGUACGAAAGGGAGAUGUAAGCAGGCUCCCUCUCAAAUGGAUGGCCCCGGAAUCUAUAUUUGACAAAGUUUACAAUACUCAAAGUGAUGUCUGGUCUUAUGGAGUUUUAUUGUGGGAGAUAUUUUCCUUAGGUGCAUCACCAUACCCAGGAGUCCAGAUCGAUGAGGAAUUUUGUCGAAGAUUAAAAGAGGGCACAAGGAUGCGAGCUCCUGACUAUUCAACCCCAGAAAUCUAUCAAAUAUUACUCGACUGCUGGCACAAUGAUCCCAAACAACGGCCCACUUUCACAAAGCUUGUGGAGAGACUUGGGGAUUUAUUACAAGCAAAUGUUCAGCAGGAUGGAAAGGACUACAUCCCCCUGAGAGACAUGCUCGUAUCAAAUAACUUUAACUUCUCAGUCCCAACUUCGCCAGACUCCUGCUUGGGAGAAGAAAUGGAGAAUUCAAAAUUUAAUUAUAAAUGUACAGGAAGCUGUGGAUAUAUUAACACUUGUAUGAACAAACAACCACAGGAUUUGGAGACAUUUGAAGAGUUACCACUUGAGCUUACAACAUUAACAGAUGAUUAUCAGACUGACAGUGGAAUGGUUUUGGCCUCAGAAGAAUUAAAAUGUCCAGUGCCGAUGGACAGCAAGCCAAUACAUCCGCAGUAUUUUGGUUUGAAGCCAACACGCAAAAGCAAAGAAUUGGGUUUAUCUGAAACUGUCAGUUGGAAGAGUACUUACAGCUCUGGUUACCAGUGUGGAGAGGAAGGCUACCGAGCAACUGCACGAGAGAGUUUCAGCUCUCUGAGUUCCUUAGAAUCAAAAAUGAGUUGCUGUAUACCACCACCAGACUAUAAUUCACUGGCUUUUUAUACCUCUCCACCAGUUUAAAGGGCUGUUUCACCAACACUCAAGGAAAAAAAAUCUGCGUCUACAUAUUCAAUGAUUUGCACUACAUCUCUAAGCAAACUUUGUUGUUAUUGCUGUUACCAAUAUCAAAACGUAAGUGUGCUACCCACUCCCAGUAAUCAGGUGGUAAGUGUGUCAUGAACAGAUGUAGAUACAUUAAGCUUUUAUAAACCAUCUUAUUAGGGAAAAUAUAGUCCUUAUUAAAGUGAGGGAAACACUCCUAGGGAUGGCAGUUCCACCUCAUAAACCCAUCAGUCCUGGGUCAGUUAUUGUACAACAGGUACAAUAACAACAUACACAUGUAUAGUUCAGAAAAGGGUUAGAGUUAUUAUCACACUAUCCCAGAUAAUGUUUAUGAGAGCAUUCAAGACUGCAUUAAAAUUUUCAAUCCAUGCACCAGACACUGACGAACCUUACCUGCAGCCAAUUUGUGGCAUGUUAAGCAGAGUUUGGAAUAUGCCUCGCAGUGGGCAGUAUGUUACUGCCCAGUAAAAUUUCAUUAAAGUGUCACCCUCAUUAUUAUUCAUGAUUUUCAGGUAAAUGUAAAAUACAGGUUCAUGUAAGUGCAUUCACGGCAUAUUAAUAAACCUGUUAUCAAUAUAAAGCUAAAAUACUCAUUCCAUAAUUGUUACUUCUUCAGAGCAGGAGUGUUACCAGGGACUGAAAGCUACUGUCAGUGCAACCUGCUGGAUUUAAUCCACACAGAUUAACAGAGAUAGGCAGCAAAAGGAUACUACUUUUGAUUCUGGUUUUAUUAAAAAGAAGAUGCUUAUUGGGAUUUAAUUCUCUCUGCCAUUUUGUACUUUAAACACAAGCUAUUGUGCUAAAAUAGAACAGACGGGAAGUGAGAUUCAUUAGGAUGCUAAAAUUAACUAUUAAAAGCAUUGAAUAGUUGUAUUCAUUUGAUAUACUGUGAGAAUUUUAGUGGUUCAGGUUUUUUUUAAAUCUCUGCAAUAGAAGAACUCUCCCGUCAGUAAAUUUCUUGUAUAGAAUUUUACCUAAAUCAUUUCUUUUUCUUAGGUAGCCUCUUGGGUUGGUGGAUGACUUGUUUCCACUCCAACUCUGUAGGUUCCAAGGUGGCUAAAGAAUACCAUAUGGGAUCCACAGUCUCAGCCAGAGACAGGGCAGGAGGUGCCUGAUAUGGCAGGUUGGUAGGUUGUUUGGGAGUUUCUGUGUUCCAUCUUCAUGCUUCCACUAAAGAGAUCUGGGGUACCCAGUUCCUACAUGGAUACCCAAAUUCUACUCUGAAUAGUCAUGGCCCAGGAAUUUCUAAAAGUUAAUGAGGAUAUUACAUUUUUUCAGAGCUUUGAGACUUUCCUUGAAGAGUUUGCUUUGUCAUCUUGGAAUUCCUGCGCCAUGACAGAGCUUGGAGUAGAGUGCUUGUUUCAGGAGUCUGGUGCCUGGCAUGCAUACUCUGUGCCCAGCAAAGUGAAGCUGGCUGAGCACAAUUAGAGCUUCAGCAGCAGGGAUAUUGGUCUGGAAGUGGAUGCUGACAUUGGUUUGCUUAUCCUACCAGUACAUUUGGAGGAUUUUAUGGAAGUAGCUUUGGUGCCUCUUGAGUGCUUUGAUGUGCCUGAUGUAGUCCAUAUCACCUGAGCAGGAAGGAGGGGAUCUCGUAUUUGAUAGACCAUGAACUUAGUACUCUGUUUCAAGUCUAAGUCUUUGAAUAAUUUUUUUCCUCAAGUGGCUAAAAGCUAUGCUGAUACUCUGAAAGUGCUCGUGAUUUUUGUCAUAAUUUUUGUCUAGGUUGAAAGAUGAUGCCUGGAAUAUGGGGAAUGAUUCAUAUUUUCCAGGAUCUUGCAAUGGAUCUUUAUUACAGGGGGAUGCCAGUGGUUGGAAGAGGAUUUUUGCCUUAUGGACGCUUUGUGUAAGGCCUGUUCCCUUGUAUAUUUCAGUGAACGAGCUGACAAUAAUUUGGAGCUCGGCUUCUGAGUAUGCAGAUGAGCAACCAUCACCUGCAAACUGUAGCUCAAUGAAUGAGGUUGGAGUGACCUUGGUUCUGGUGUGGUGGUGACAAAGGUUGAAGAAUUUCCCAUUUGUCCCAUAGGAAGCUUGUUGGAGUCGAGAUGCACUAUUGCAGCAAGGAGGAUAGAUAAAGGAUUGGGGUGACAUCACAGCCUGGAAUGGAAUUGAAUUUCUUUUUGGAGCCACAUUUGAGGAGGAUUCUCCAUAAUCCCUCUCAUCUGAAGGUGUCAAAGGCUUUUUCUUUGGGUGGGUGAGAAUGGUGUGGUGAUUGAUCCCACUCCCUGUGUUUUUAUUGGCGUUGUUACACCGUGAAGAUCAUAUUGUUUAUUCCACUUGAUGGACUGAAUUCAUUCUGUGACUCAAGGAUGAGCUCUUCAGCUGCUGGGUGGAGGUGAAUGAGCAUGAUCCUUACAAUGAUUUUCCCAGUAAACACAGCAGGGAGACCCCUUAGUGGCUACUGCAAUUGGAUUCGUCUCCUUUCUUGAAGAGGAUCACAAUUAAGUCAGCUCUCAGGCCCCUAGUGUGCAAUUCCAGAUAAGGGAGAGGGCCUGUGGAUUCCUGCCAGAAUUUGCUCUCUGCUAAGUUUUUGAAUUUCAGCAAAGAUAUCAUCUGCUCUAGGGGACUCACUGUUUUUCAACAUCUUCUUUCUUAUGGACUCACCAAGUUUUAGUUGAGGAUUUAUUCAGAGUGCUCCAUCUUUAAUAAGCUCUCAUUCAUUCUCCCAAAAGAAUAUGGUUAUCAGGCAAAUAGAAAACCAGAAAUCCUCACAUUUGAGUUUCUUUUAAAAUAAAAUUACAUACUCCUUCUAUCAAAUUUGGAAAUGUAGCUCCAAGAUAGUUUUGUUUGAGAUAAUUUUAUUAAAUACUUAGAGCACCUGCAGCUUAAUAAAUUAUAUCUUUUGGCAUAUUCCAUGUAUUCCCGCUAAAAGUAGAAUCUCAAAAUUCUAAUUUUCCUAAAGAACUUGUUCUGAUGGCUGAAAGAUAUAUUAAAACAAUGUAAAGAAAUAUAAAAAAUAUAAAACAAUUUUGUGUUUCUAUUUUAUCCUAUUUUAGCCAGCUACUUAGCUAGAGAGGGAGGAAAUAAGGAAAAACCAAUGCUUUAAGUUUUGUUCAGCUAUUUUACAUAAUAAGCCCAACCUAUAUAAUCCAAAAAUUAGUACUUAACAUUACAAUAUGUGCGCUGAGGAACCACAGGGCUGGUUGUUAUUUGCUGAGAAUCGCAAAUCCUAAUUUUCAUCCUCUAUUUAUAUUGCUUGAAUAAGACUCUACCACCAAUAGACACAUAUGAGUUUAUAACCGAUAAUUCCAGCUCUUCUACUGACCUUCUGGCUGCAACCGAAAGUUGCAACAUCUUAUUUCUGAUUAUUGCUUCCUUUUGUUCCUGCUAGCCACUUGGGUAUUUAAUGCAGGGCCGUCACUGUCAGCUGUCCAGCUGAUCAGGAAUGAGCGAAAUUCUGCUUUUACUUCCCCUAUCUGCUACAUCUUGGGCCAGAUGGUUCUCAGUCCCACUUGCAAGCCCCUCCCACCACAAACACACUGUUAUCCCCAUGGCUGCAGUGACUUCUUCUGCCUUCUUGGGUCCAAACAAACUCCAACCUUUGCUGGCAAAGCUGAGUGGUUCAUAAGCAGUUGCCUGGGGCUGGUCCAUAGGAGGUAGAUCCUGAGCUUCCCCUUCCUGGACUGCCCUCAUGGUCUAUUAAUAGUUGUCAGAAUGUCCUUGAUGAUCAAAAGAGAUUUAAAAGUGGACCAAAAUGAUUAAAAUAUUUGGAAAAAUAAAAAUUGUUAAAAACAUAAAAAUAAUAAAUUUACAUGAAAACAUGUUUAUGAUAUUAAUUCAUUAAAAUAUUUAACAAAAUAAUGAAAAUUAAAGAAAGCACUUGUGUGCACUUACCUUUUCACCCCAGGUCAGCAAUGCCAUUCAAAUUCAUCCACCUCAGUUCAAGAGGUGAGUCUAACAGUGGAACAGGAGGCUCAGGUGCACUGGCAUCUGAUCACCAACACAAUCCCCAACACCAUGUUGUAAUGUUGACUUGCGAAAGUCAAGAAUGCACAGAACUACAGAGGGAACCUUGCCAGCAACUCCCUAAAAAACCACAGACAAAACGUCAGUAUCUUUGGACUAUGAUGUGGAUGACAUGAUGUUACUCAGAUGACGUUUCUAAUAAUUUGUUACUUUUUACUGGGACUCUAAGGAAAAUUGAUAUUGAGCCUGCAUUGCUGUGGAAAGAGGAUUAAAGAGAAAGGAGUGGGCAGUUUCAGUUCCAUCAUUCCUGAUUAAGGUGCUUGCUAUUGCCAAGUGAUGGAGAGUUAUUUAAAACAAAACUCAAUCUGAAUUUAUGUACCCACUGAAAGAUCAAAUGAAAACAUAUAUUAUCAAAUUCUCAAAAAACAUAGUCCAACUGUUGAGGGAAUAUGGCAACAGUUUUUGCAGGAUUAUAGGAUAAGUAUCCCACUGAUGUUGGCUUGAAGAAUCCAGUGGCUAGUGAGAAGCUAAUAAUUGUAAUUCAGAAGAGAAUAAAGUCAUUUUUUGAGAUUGCAUUGUAAUGAAAGAUCUUUAAAUUCUUUGUGACUAAUAUCUUUAUUAGUCACGUGUUCAUCGAAACACACAGUGAAAUGCAUCUUUUGCGUAGAGUGUUCUGGGGGCAGCCCACAAGUGUCGCCACGCUUCCAGCGCCAACAUAGCAUGCCCACAACUUCCUAACCCGUACGUCUUUGGAAUGUGGAAGGAAACCAGAGCACCUGAAGGAAACUCACGCUGACACGGGCAGAAUGUACAAACUCCUUAGGCAGCUACAUAUAGAAAACAGAGUUCUCUUACGUGCAUAGAAUGUUUACCAUUUGAGCAUUUUGCUGUAGUCCUUAUUUAAAUGGAGAAUCAGAUUUUAGAUUGAGUGUAAUGUUUUCUGUUUUAUUUUUGAAAUUGAGUGAACUAAAGGGUUAGUUUGGAGUCAUAUACACUUUCCAACUACAAAAGUGUUUUGGUCUUUAUUGGAACGUGCUGCGCCACAAAACUGAAUAAAAGAAAAAAAAAAUUCCUUGUUGCACCUGAAAAUCUGUGCACAAAUCUUGGUGCCACAUGGAAAAUGCAGUAGAAGGAAACUCAUGUAGGCAUUAGGACAUGGUCAGUUUUAUGGCCAAAGAUUCAAUUGGUCGAUAAACUUGAUAGAGGAGUUCAAGGAAAGUUGGCCAUAUUGCUAUUAUGCAGAUAAUUCCUUAACAUGCAAAAUUCUGCAUUCCUUUAGCCACAUAACUAGUUUGCCUCUGGAUUACUGCUGUAUGUGGCUUUAAGUGCAGGGCAAAUUCCAGGUCAUCGUAUAGAUUCUGUGAGUGAGUUAAUUGUGUCAUUUUCAUGUUCAAGUAUAAUUUUUAAAAUAGCUGAACAUCCCUUGGUAGCUUGCACUGAAAAAUGAUGAUAAAUGCUUGUUAUAUCUCAGCAAGCUAGCUAUUCUAAAUCACAAUCCUAUAUGCUGUUAACCAAGGUCCCAUAUGAUGAGAACUCUGCCUGAAAUGAAUUCACUGGGUAGAUUUUUGGAACCUUUGCACAUUGCAAAUGGGCAUAAAUAAACAUGAGGUGAACUACUGCAACUCAUGGCUUGGGUGGUCUGUAUUUACGCUUGUGUGUAAUGCAUUAUUUUCAGAUUAGUACAUUAAACAGAACAGUGUAGGUACCUUUAU